AUGGACAGGACAGUCGUUGUCUUUAUUCAUCUAUUGAUCAUCAUUGGAACCACAGCAUCGACUGACAUUUCAUGUAAAUUCUCAAUUAGCAAUGACAUUUCUAUUGUUGGUCAUCUUUAUCAAUGCUCAGUGGACGACGAUCCAAUGAUAACGACUCAUGAGUCAGCAAAACUCACAUCAGUCAAUGGAAAUCACACAGACUUAAAAUCCAACGAUAAUGUGACUGGAUUCUAUGCAAUUAAUAAGAAUAUUCAGCAUUUCCCACAAAAUUUAGACACAUUUUUUCCUAACCUCAAACUCAUCAGCAUUUGGGCUUGUGGAUUGACGGAAGUUCAUCAAAAUGACCUUAAAAAUUUAACAAAUUUAAUUUAUUUUGAUUUAAUAUCGAACGGAAUUGAAGUCAUCGAGGAAGGCUUGUUUGAGUAUAAUCCGAAAUUAGAGGCUGUUGGUCUGAUUGACAGCUCGAUUGUCCAUAUUGAUCAUAAAGUCUUCGAUGGUUUGAGUCAUUUGAAGUAUCUUUGGUUGGGAGGAAUUCCUUGUUUGGAUAUAAAUGUGAAUAACUCUAGUGAAAUGGUCAAGGAAGCUAUAAAAGUCUUGAAAUACAAUUGCACAAAUUCAGAGGUUCUGGUGCUGGAAGAAGAAAUUGAGGAAUUGAAAAGUGAGGUUAAAAAUUUGAAUUUGAAAGAUUUUGGCGGGAAAAUUAAAAAUGACUCAGAUUUUGGCGGGAAAAAUAAAAAUGAUUCAUAUUUUGGCGGGAAAAUUAAAAUUGACUCAGAUUUUGGCGAGAAAAUUAAAAAUGACUCAAAUUUUGGAGGGAAAAAUAAAAAUGACUCAAAUUUUGGAGCACAAACUGUCAAUUUAUCUGAGAAAUUCGAAUCGUUUGCCAUAAAGUACCAAAAUUUUGACAAUUCAUUCAAAAAUUCAAAGUUUUCAAGCUUUCGACCUUUAAAUCAAAAAUAUACGGACCUUAAUUCAUCCCUAAACUGCACAAAUUGCACUCAAAUCAUCUCAAAAGUUGGCAUCCUAGACGAUAAUUUGACCAUCUUAGACAAAAAAAUUGCAGCCAGAUUUGAGGACCUAAAAUUUUCUCAAUGUGGUGUCAAAAAGUUCAUCAUUGAGACAAAACAAUCUCAAAACAGCAUUAAAAGUUUAAUAAUCGAGAUUAAACAGAAACAAUUGGCCACAGUUAAUGGAAUCAUGGCUUCGUCCGAUGAUUUUGUCAAAAAAUUAGCACAACUUCAAACUAAUCAAAAUAAAGCCAAAGAUAGCCUCAGUUGGGCAAUAAACCAGGUUAAAAAUAAAGUCGGUGAGAUUGCAAAAUUACAAGUCGCGUCAGUUCCCCAAAUUAGAGCUUUAAUUAACAACCUUACAAGUAGUCAAGAUUACUUUUCUUGGUAUAAAUUGAAUGAAGUAAAGAUUGGACAAAAUGAAGUCAAAGAUUUGAUAAAAUCUAAGCUGAAUGAGCAUAAGUACAUGAUUAAUGAGCUGAAGACAUCAAUAAUUGAUGAAUUGAAGCUUGAACAUGCUGAAAAUCAAAAAAAUUUAACACAAAUUUCUUUAUUUUUUGAGCUAACCUCAAAAGUUGAUGACUUACAGCUUUCAAUGACACAGCUGAGUCAAGUACAGAAUGACACAUUUGAGAUGCUUGAAAAUCAAAGGUUGGAUCAAGAGACUUACAAAAUAUCUCCAAAUGAAGCGCUUAAUGCGAUUGAGGAACUGAAAAUAGCUAUGAAUGCAUCUAUGGAAGUGGUUGCAGUCUCUUUUGAAGAUCUAAAGGCAACUCAAGAGACCAUUGUGUCCUCAAAUGAGAAAAUACAGCAAUCGUUGGAUGAUCUGGUUGCUAAGUUAAGUGAGAGCACCCAAAGUACUAGCACACCAACUCAGGAUAAUGAAAUCAACAGCUAUGAAGACAAAUUUAUGAUUUUUGAAGAGAAAAUGUCGAAGAAAUUCGAACAAAACCUCAAAGAAGCUGAGGAACGAUUAAUGGCAAAGUUUGAGGAAGUACUAGAAGAAAAAUUGGGAUCAAUUCUUGACAAGAACUUGAAAAGAUAAU